AUGGCCAGAGAGUCGACGCCACUCCUGCCGGAAAAGACUGGCUUGCAGGCGAAUCUGCAGGCUGGGAAGUCUACAGCACGACAGAAAUGGGCAGACACGACCGCGAACCUGAAGGACGGCCAAGGAUUCGCCGUGAACAUCAUCAGCGAGGCAUUCGUCGAGAAUGCAAAUUCGACUGCCGUAGACGCUCCUCCCGAGUUCGACGAGUGGGCUCUCAGCGGUCUGACAAAGGAGAAAUGUGUGCAAAUAAGAGCCAAGCGCGUCAAGGAAAGCGCUUUUAGCAUGGAAUGCGAGCUCUACGAAUCGAUAGAUAUCACGCAUCCAGUCACAGGCGAGCAUAACAUCACGCUCAUCCUCGCGCACGUCAAGUACUUCCACGUGCGCAAAGACAUGCUCACAAGCAGAGGUGCCGUCGACCUCACAAAAUUCAAGCCUGUCGCGCGUGUGGGCGAUAUUUCAUAUGCCCGGGCCGGAGAUACAUACAGGAUCCCUGUGCCUUCAUGGGCGAUGGAGGGAAAGAUACAGGAAGCAUUGAAGACUCACUCUCGCAUCACCAUAAAAUAG